GCAUGACGACGACGCCAUCUUUCUAUUGAUAUUCCAAAAUCAGUGAAAUUUAAAAUUUGUGAAUAGCGAAUUGGUCAAGUUUUUGAUUCUGUUUAUAUUAUUGUUAGCGAUUAUAUUAUUUUUGUGCAUACCAUUUAUUGAAACUAUUGGUAACAUUUGCGUAACAAGAAAAUGGGGAAAAAAUCUCGUCACUCAUCCCAUCGCUCGAAAAGCGUUCACUCAUUUCUUAGUAUACAAAAGAGUGAGAAGUUUCUCAACAAGACACAUAGUAAAACUAGGAAAAACAUUAAAAAGUUAUUUGAACACCUACGCAAUGAGGGUGAUUCAUGUUCUUCGUCAAGGUCUGACUCAACAGUAAUAGAAGUUGAUGGAAAUAACCCACAGGAAAAGGAAAAUGGAACCAGUGGUUUUAUUAUGGUGGGAGGUGAAGAUGAUGACUUAAUCAUAAAUAACUCUCCGUGUCCUAUACAAUGCUCAACACCUCUAUCUACAAGCAAGCAUUCAAUAAAAAAGACUAAUUCGCCCUUUAGAAUUAACAACAACUCAAACUCUGCACAGAACUUCCAGCAAGAAGUUGAAGAUUUAACCAAAGAAAUUAAUAGUGACUCAUAUUUAACAAUAGAUUUAACUACAGAAAGUGGUUUGAAUACUACUAACCAGCAUAAUACAGUCAUAGAUUUAGCAAAUACCAUAGAUAAUAACUGUACAUUUCCCAAUGAGAGUUUGUCUAUGAGUGGAGAUUCAGAUGUUACUGUUAUAAACACUAAGAAACAUAAAGAACAACUUAAUAAUGCACAAAUGAAAAAGUUUGCGAGUGGAAUUGCAAAGAUGGACUCAUCAGAAAGAGGAAAGUUAUUGGAGUUUAUAGCACAAAAGAUUUUUAAUGGUUGCAAUGGGCCUAGCAGUGGAAAUCUUAGCUUACAUAGUCUUAAGAAUGGAGUUACCAGGGCCACAGAAACUGUAGAAGAUACAUACAUAAAGGAAAUUAUAUUAGGGAAGGCUACUUCCCGGAAUAGCAUAGGUAGCAAUAUAUACAACCCCGAGAGAGAUAUACGGAACAAGACUGGCUUAAGGAUGAUUGUUAUAGAUGGCAGCAAUGUUGCUAUGCAGCACAGUAAGGGCAGGAAAUUUUCAGUGAAGGCUCUAAAAAUUUGCAUUGACUAUUUCUUGCAGCGCGGACAUGUUGUCAAAGCAUUUGUCCCUCGUUUCAGGUGUAAACUAGGCAAAAGCACCGAUGGCAGACUCCUUGACGUGUUAGAAAGACAGGGGCAUGUGGUAUACACACCCUCAAGAGAGAUUCAGGGCCGAAUGAUCACUUCAUACGACGACAGGUACAUAGUCCAAUGUGCAGCAGAGUUCGACGGAGUCAUAGUGUCUGGGGAUAAUUACAGAGACCUGAUGACUGAAAAUCCAAGAUGGCGGCAUGUCAUAGAGAAUAGACUGUUGCAGUUCACGUGGGUCGGUGACAUGAUCAUGUUCCCCAGGGACCCGUUGGGCAGGUGUGGUCCAACACUGGAACAGUUUUUAAGACAUCCAUCUACAUAGUGGUAUAGACAAUAUAGAAACUGGGACUAUAAAGACAAUAUUUUGUAGUUUUAUAUUAAAUGUGAUAUUAUUGUUUAUGGUCAAAUCUUGGUGUCUCGUGUAAUGUCAACCAUUUCAACGAAAUAUUGAGGAAGUAUACAGAAAUGUGUUAGUGAAUUAAAUUCCAAUUUUUUUGCUGUUUUAAUUGUAAUUGUUUCAAAUUGUAUCUAAAAAAGGGGAAAAGUAAAAUAUAGCAUUUUGCUUAAUGUUUUGAGUAAAAAAAUAUAUAAAAUCCUCUUUUUAAGCGACAGUUUGGAGAAGCUCAUAUUUUUUAUUUAAGUACUAAAAAAAGUUUUUUUUAUUUUUUAUUUUAAGGCAUUCUAAAUUAAGUGUUGAUUAUUUAUAUUCAUUCACGAAAAAUAUAUAGUAAAAUAACUAUAUGUACAAAGCUAAACUGAAUAAAUUACCUAAACAAGUAUAAAAGUUAAACUUUCCAUGUUUUCGGAGGAGGGCAGUGCCCCCUAAGGGAAAUUUGAUUAUGGAUUACCAUGAAAUUACGUCACAACAUUGCAAUAUCUGUGAACUCCGCCAUAUUAAUUUUUUUAAGCUGUGUUCACGUUAGGUCUGCAAUCACAUUUUGCGGUUCCCAGUUUGUUACGUCACGUGAGUUGCCCAAACAGCGUCACAAGAAGAGAAAAAUAUUACUGCUUUGUACUUGCCAUAAAGUUCAAGUUUAAAUACACUUUAUUAUACACCAUAUGCCUACAUAGCAGUAACACAAUUGAAAAAAAGUAAAAGUGCCAUAGGCGGCCUUAUCGCUUGAAAGCAGUCUCUACCAACCUACCAUAGGACAUGAAGUUAAGAGCCAUCGUAGUGCUCAAACUGUAGACCGAUUUGAUUGCGGUUUCUUGCAUAACUACUAGUCUCUCUCUUCGAAAUGUCUCUGUUAUGCAACUAGAGGCCACAAGGGUACGCUGCAAUCUGUAGCUAAAAUAGUGUUUUAAAUAUUUUACUCUUACUAUUCCUGAUACUGGGACGAUUUCGAUGCGGUUUCUUAGUAUUAUAACACUUAGAGUAGGGUUUUCUAUGUUUUAAGGUGUAAGUCAGCCGGCGAAACUAGCAAAAGCAGGAGAUAAACGUUAAACCUAUCUCUCGAUUAUAUCCGAAGGGGGUUAAAUUUACUUGUUCACCUGCCAAAGCACUGCAACAGGGAAUAUUGAGAAAUUUACCCCCGUUAUAUACCCGUGUUGUAAUAAUGACACUUAAAUUACUUCGAUGUUAUUGCCACAGUUGCGCCAAUGCUCGAAGAAUUAAUAAAAUUGUGGGAGAAGAAAAAUGUUUGUCCUUUCCCUGGUGAGAAUAAUGCCCUUGCUCUGGGGUAUUUUUGUCAUGAUUAUUACGUGAAAUUGUGAAAUUAAAAAUUGGGUUCUAUUUUGUAAAUUGUGCCCAGUCACACACCCACUCAUAUCUCAAAAUCCCGGGAUUUUUAAGAAUUCUAAAAGACUGAAUAAUUAUAAUAUAUGAAUUAGUGAAUAUUUUUUUAUUCACUUCUAUAUUCUCUAAAAAUAGGAUUUCCUGACGAAACGUUUCAAUUUAAUUAUUUUUUCAUUGCCUUAAAUUGUGUAUGAAAGAAUGUCCUAAAUUGUUUUUAAGAAUGCUGUAUUUUGAUGCCAUAAUUUCCAAUUUUAAUUUAUAUAUAUGCUGCUUCGAAGGAUUUUGGGUUAUGAGUUUAGAUUAAGUUGUGUAUUACACAACAUAAAUAGCUAUUUAAACACCUAUGAUAUACAUCGCGUCACAUAAAAAGACCUGGCUGUCUUGCUAGGCCUUACCUCAUCUAGUUGUCGUGAUAAUGCAGUCUAACUUGGUAGCGGGCUUACCUGUUCCGGUAAAUAUGACAUUCAAAUUAAACCUAUAACCCUAAUCGGUUUCUAUGCGGCAUCGUACCGGAACGGUUAAUCGCUUGGCUUCGUCGGUAGUAACUAGCCACGGUCUAAAACUGCUACAAGAAAAGAACUUAGCCUAUUACAUUUUAUACGUGAAUUCAAUGUUUAUUGCUGAAUAAUAAACAUUUGAUUACUAAUAUAAUUGCACUCAUUCGCAUGGAAUUACUAAAGUUCUCUACUGUGCAGGUCUGAGGUCGAUCGAUUGUCAGGAGUCUUUUUACGUGACACGAUCUUAAUCUAUUACCGCACUAGGGUUUUAGUGGCGGCUAUUGUGGAAGUUCUAUAAAUUACUAAAAAUUAAUAGAAUCUCAGAUGAACAAUUUUGUUAAUUGGUGUUUUAUAUUAUAAUGUAUUUUUAAUAACUUGUCUUAUUAUGUGAACAAACUUUUCAAUACUUCUUGAUGUAAGAUGUGUUGUAAAAAUAUAAAUAAAAACAAGUAAAAUAAUACGAAACUUUAUAAAUCUUUCUAUAAUUUUUAAAUAAUGCAUUCUUUAUACUAAAGAGUUAUGAUAAGAUUUUUUUAAUAAUAAGCAAAGUAAAUAAAAAUAUAUAAAAUUACAGAAUGUUAGUUUUGAACAUUCAAAAAAUUACUUGGAUAUUAUGAAUUUUAUUUUAUAACUCUGUAAUAAUGGGAAUUGCGUUAUCCAUUAUAAUAUCGAAAUCACGGGAAAUUACUUUAAAAUAGAAAAUACAUAAUAAAUACCUCUAAAAUUAUGUUUUUUACUUCGUUUAAUAAUAGUAAAAUUAUUUACCAUUUUUGCACAAGUUCAUGGAAAUGAUUUUAUAAUGAAAACGGAUUGUGUUUUAAUACAUGACCUAUUUUUUAGUUUUUAUUCAAAAUAAAAAAUGCAUGGAGGUGGAAGAGUUUGGAAUAUAAUUCUCCCGCAUCUGAAUGCAGGUUUUUAGGACAGACCUCGUCCGGGAAACGUUUACAUUCCUUCAGACAGCUCAAGGGCGUUUUUUUUCGGUGUAAUUAUGGGCGCAUAAGGCUAAACACCUAAGUGUCAAGUUGAUGAACACAUAGCGGCACUGUGUUCCUAUACAGUGCUGAUAUGCGUUGCGCUUCAAAUAUAGACUACAGUUUUCCACAUACCAUCGGGUGGGAUAUCGGCUUGGUGCGUCGAACAUUACUUUAAAAAAAUGCAAAAUCCGAAUAGCAAGGUUUGAGCUCAAAAAUAUUUGUAAGGCUGAAUUUAAAAUUUGUCACCGAAAAUAUUUAAGCCGAAUCUGUAUUUAAGAACGACUUCAAACAAAGGUUGUUAAAUAACCGAACUAUGUUUGUUUUCACAUUGCCAAAAAAAAUCUCUAAAUGAAUAAAAGAUGUUUUUUUUUAAU